ACACGUCACCCUAUCAACCACCUGUUGAGUCUCAAUGUGCCUGGACGGAAGGAACAGUCUUUGCUUGCUCAAAGCUGUAUAUAUUAGUGGUAUUUACAGAAGGGCAUGUGAUAGAAAAAGUAAAUAACUGAACUUGUUCAUAGCUUCCUGUUUCCUUCUUGAUUCUUCAGGAGGGGAUGCCUUUUCCCUUUGGAAGUACAGAUUCUCCUUGGACAAAACUUAAUUAAAACUCCAGCUAGAUUAGUAAACUUGGGUUAAUGAAUUGGCAUCAGGAAGCCCCUACAUUUUCAUGGCCUCGUAGAGUUCAGUGAAAAUGUUUAUUAGGGGACACAGCCUGUCCUGCUCUGACCCCAAGACACUGAAGACUCUGUUUGAAUCAGACUCAAGGGCUUCUUCCUAGCCACCACUCUCAAGAACAGGAAUGCUUCUGGUGAAGACAUUUGUGGCAGCUCAUGGAGCUUCCAUUCACCAGGCUGGAAAUGGCAUUCAUUUUACUGGCUUUUGUUAUCUUUUCCUUAUUUACUCUGGCUUCCAUCUACACUAACCCAGAUGAGAGGAAUGAAGAGAGAGAGCACAAAAAGAAAAACAGAGAGAGAGAGAGA